GUGACUUUCGUUUCGUGCAGUGUGUUAAUAGUAGAAAAUAGUGAAUUAUGACUGGUCGCGGUAAAGGAGGAAAAGGCUUGGGAAAAGGAGGCGCCAAGCGUCAUCGCAAAGUGCUGCGGGAUAACAUCCAGGGUAUCACUAAGCCAGCAAUCCGCCGUUUGGCUCGUCGCGGCGGUGUAAAGCGCAUCUCGGGACUCAUUUACGAGGAAACACGUGGCGUUCUGAAGGUGUUCUUGGAGAACGUUAUCCGCGAUGUCGUCACCUACACCGAACACGCCAAGAGGAAGACUGUCACAGCCAUGGAUGUUGUGUACGCCUUAAAGAGGCAAGGCCGCACCCUAUACGGCUUCGGCGGUUACUUCAUUCAGCAAUCGGUCCUUUUCAGGACCACCAUUCAAAUUUUCGAAGGAGAAACCAAUUCAAAUAAUUUUUUGAUUAAUUGGCCUACUGACCGGGAACUCGAAAGUUGAUACUGCAUAUACAUAUUGCAUUAAA